AUGUACUCUGUUACUUCUUCUACGUCUGCAGUCAUCUUAUCAUACUUGAUGUUGUUUCUGCCUCUCUCAGGUGCCUCUCUGGCCUCACCUCCAGCCUUCCCCUUCCCUCCCGCCCCGGCUGACUGUGUCGAGGCCCAGCGUGUGUGCUCGGCGGACCCCCAGUGUGAGGCCUUGUACCGGGGUCUGGAGCUGUGUGCGGCCGAUGCGGCGGUGGCUCCUUUGGGGGAACAGGUGGCCUCUGAGUGUCUGGAGCGCCAGGACACUCUACUUAGCAAACACCCAGCUCUGCUCGUCUGCAAGUGCCAACGCGGCUUUCGAAAAGAGGAACAGUGUCUGCGGGUCUACUGGACAGUCCGGCUGCUCCCAAAUGAGGAUGAGUUGGAGCUGUCCCCUUAUGAUGACACACAGAUGGACAGUCGGAUGGCGUCUUUAGUGGCAGCAUCAUCAUAUAUGCAACUGGAUGGAGAGAACCAGUGCUUGAAAGCUGCACAGGACUGUGGCCUAUAUGAGAAGUGUGGGUCCCUGCGUUCAGAGUACGUCCUGGCUUGCACCAAACGGAUACCCGGCACCAGCCGCUGUAAUCAGCACAAGUGCCACCGGGCCCUGCGCCGCUUCCUGGAGAGGGUCCCUGAGGAAUAUAGCCUGGGGGUGCUCUUCUGCCCCUGCACCAAUACUCUGUGUGGAGAGAGAAGGAGGAAGACCAUAGUGCCCUCCUGUUCGUACCAGGAAAUGGACGGACUACAGCCUAACUGUCUGCACCAACAGAGUUUCUGCCGCCGGGACGAUCUCUGCAGGUCCAGACUGGCUGAUUUCCUCCAAAACUGCCAGCCCUCCUCUAUGACGGCCAGCGGCUGCCUGAAGGAUUCCCCAGGCCUGUGUCUGCGGGCCUAUGCUGGACUCAUUGGAACAAUCAUGACUCCAAACUACAUCAGUAAUAGCUCUGCGGAUGUGUCCCUGUGGUGCAACUGUGAGGGGAGUGGGAACCAGUGGCAGGACUGUCUGAGGCUGCAGCACAUGUUUACUCACAACACCUGUCUGCGUAACUCUAUCAGCUGGAUGGGCGACCCUGGGUCCCUGCCUGCGGACUUCACCCCCCCUCCUGCCCCCCGGCCCUCCCCGCUGGUUCAGGAGGAUGAGGUGCUGAGCAACAACCACCUGCCGGAGCACAGCAACAAUGUUGUGGUUGAAAGCGAGGAGGAGGAGGACCUGAGACAUCCCAAUGAAGACGUGGAUGAAGGCGGGCAGUUCAACGUCAUUCCCAUGUACUCGGAACGGGCCACCAUCUCCAACCUGGGCUCCUCUGGGACUGGAGGGGCUGCGUCACCCGUCUCCACCCCACCCGUCCCCAUUCUCCUGUUGCUGCUGCUGAUAUCUGCGUCGCUCAGCUGGGGGUAGACGUGUGGAGGAUACGGCGAAGACACACGCACACACAUACACACACACUGACAUACUGGGACCUGCCAAACACUGGACUUCUCGGUGUAUGAUGAAAUGAAAUCUAUAGUGAAGGAAUGGACUUCACGUUCUUGUCAGUAGCCCCCUCCCCCUCCUCCUUUCCUGUUCCUCCCAACUGUCCUGGCUUUUUCCUGCUUCUUUUAUGUGGCACUUUUUAUCAUUUGGUCUGAUUGCACCUGCAGGGGGUGUUCCAGUCCGAUGACAAUUAGCAGUUGCAUAAAGCUGCUAACAACCAAUGAGCUUUGAGAAUGCGGCACUGCUUUGACAGGUCGAGAAAUGUAGCUCGGGUACUGUGCUCGUCCAAGGCUUUGGUAUUAGAGGCUUCUUCAGGCGGUUAAUUAAUAUCACAUUUUACACAGAAGAGCCAACUAGUGAAAUCAUUUCAUACAUGUGCAUUAUAUUUAACAGAUACAGUAUUUAUGGAUUUGAUAUGUAAGCAAGCUUAGGAGUUUUAUUUUUUUUUUUAUGUAAAAUGAUCUAUAUAUCUUAUAAAUUAGAAGAGAUUUUUUUAAAAUAACAAUUAAACAGAACUGUCAUUGCUGAUACUUACUCUUUGCCUAAAAAGACUACAAAUCUGAUGAGGGAUUCGUAGCGCAAAACCAAAUUAUCUGAAGAUUUGCAAACGCUUUUAACAGAAUUCAGUGAUUUGUUAGUGAUCUGUUUUACAUUUUGUAAAAUAUGUUCCUAAUUAUGGCUGUGCCUAUUUUGUUUAUAUUUGUGUACAUAGUAUGUUUUCAUGAGUCUAAAGCUGUAGAUGUUUUUACCUGAGAUGUUUGAGAGAGUUUUGGUUAAGAUAGUUUAGAAUUUGUGACUAUAUGUUGGUAGAUUAGAUUAGGCUAAAAGCACUUUAAUUAUAGUAUUUUAUGUGCCACCACCUUUGCAAAGCCAAAAUGUGAAAACUGUUAUAAAUUAAAAAUAAAUCAAUAAAAGGGUCUUUGAAGGUUUUGCCUGUGGAAAAGUGUUAAAUACUGAAAUACCUCCACCAGCUGCAGUCAGACCAUGUUGUGUUUGAGAGCUGAUGAUUUG